GGCCGGCACUGAGGGCUGCAACUUCACUUCCCCAGAGAGACUGCCACUCUCAUUCCCCAGACUGCUGCUGAGCCCUGGGACCUGCCCAGUCCUCCUGGGAUCCGGAUCCCUUUGGGAAUACUGCUGACACCGACUGCUCCAUCCGACAUACCUGUUGGAAACAGGAAAAGACGUUGGAGGUCUUCUAAGGAGAGUCAUGGCACACGCUCUGGAGCCUCUGUCCCAGAUGCCCGUCAUCAAGUUCAAGGGCCAGGACUUUAAGACCCUGCGGGAUCGUUGCCUCCGCAGAGGCCUCCUGUUUGAGGAUGAGACCUUCCCUGCCGAGAUUUCUUCCAUAGGCCCCUUGCUGCUCGAGGGUAAACAACUCUCCAGGCUGCAGUGGGAGCGCCCAAAGGAUUUAUUGAUGGGUAAUGCAGAGCCUCAUUUCAUCCUGGAAGGUGCGAGCAGAUUUGACAUCCAGCAAGGGGAGGCAGGAGACUGCUGGUUCCUGGCAGCACUGGGCUCCUUGACACAGAACCCACAGCAUCUGCAGAAGAUCCUGAUGAACCAAAGCUUUUCCCACCAGUAUGCAGGGAUUUUCUGUUUCAGGUUCUGGCAGUGUGGCCAGUGGGUGGAAGUGGUGGUUGAUGAUCGCCUGCCUGUCCUGAACGGGAAGUACCUCUUUGUGCAUCCUCUCAACAACCAAGAGUUUUGGCCGUGCCUGCUGGAGAAAGCCUAUGCCAAGUUCCGUGGAUCCUAUCAGCACCUGCACUACGGCUACCUCCCCGAUGCCCUGGUCGACCUCACGGGAGGGGUGGUCACCAUCAUCGACCUGCACUCCUCCCCUUCUGACCUAGUGAUGAUGGUAAAGACCGCUGCCAAGGCAGGCUCCUUGAUGACCUGUGCCACGCCAGCCGGGCCGACAGGGGAAGCCACAAGAAUGGAGAGUGGCCUGGUGAGCCAGCAUGCCUACACCGUGACUGGGGCCGAGCAGAUUCAGUACCGGAGGGGCUGGGAAGACCUCCUCCGCCUGUGGAACCCCUGGGGCCGGGACGAAUGGCGAGGGCGCUGGAGUGACGGGUCUCCGGAGUGGCAGGAAACCCAGGACCCACGGAAAAGCAAGCUGUAUGAGAACAAGGAUGAUGGCGAGUUUUGGAUGUCGUGUCGAGAUUUCCAAGACAACUUCUCCUGCCUGUAUGUAUGUAACCAGUUUCCAGUCAGCCUUGACCUGGGACACAUGCCCCAUGAAAGAUGGUCCCUAAUGACGUUUAAGAACCGCAUGACUCCAGGGAACACCACAGGUAGACUUCAGAGGGACACACAGUACAUCUUCUCUGUGCCCGAGAACGUGGAAGGCAACAAUGUCAUCGUGUCUUUCAACAUCAGGCCACAAAAUGUAAAGGCAGAAGAUGGGAAAUUUCCACUAAACUUCCAGGUGUUCAAGGUCGACCCUCAGUUUCAGCACUUCCGGGAGAGACUGCCGUCCACCUUUUUUUCCCGAUUCAGAAGAGCUGACCGGGGCAUCGUGACUAAAACCAAGUACAACCUCACGAAGUGCUUCAAGCUGAGCCCGGGGACCUAUGUGGUGCUCCUGUCUGCGGGCACAGAAGCGGUUGAGUUCUUGCUUCGAAUCUUCCUGAAAAUGCCAGACCCGGACCGGAACCUGGGCAGUGGUUUCAACCUCAGAGCACUGCAGGCAAGUCUUCCAGAAAAUGGCUCCCAACAAAGCAUUUUCUACAAAUACGCCCAGCAGGGACGAGGCAUUGAUGCCACCCAGCUUCAGAGACUUCUCAACCAGGAAUUCCUGAAAGGACCUCCAGCGGACACCUUCUCUCUGGAUGCGUGCCGGGGCAUCGUGGCGCUGAUGGAUCUGAAAGUGAACGGGCAGCUCGACGAGGAGGAGUUCUCCAGGCUGUGGAGCCGACUCGUCUGCUGCCAGAGCGUUUUCCAGAACACCCAGAGGAACACAGGCGUUUUCCUGAGCUCGGAUUUGUGGAGGGCCAUAAAGGAUACAGACUUCCUUGCAGGGGUCUCCGUCGGCAGCGAGCUGCUGGAUCUCGUGGCCCUCAGGUACAGCGACAGCGCCGGCAGGGUCAGCUUCCCCAGCCUGGUCUGCUUCCUGAUGCGGCUGGAAGCCAUGGCAAAGACUUUCCACAACCUCUCCAAGGAUGGAAAAGGACUCUACCUGACAGAAGUGGAGUGGAUGAACUUGGUCAUGUACAACUGAAGCAAGGAACAGAGCAGACCCCAGAGACCAGAGAACAGACCUACAGAUACAUAGUCUACAUCCCACCCUACUACAGCAGAAGCCCCUGCAGAGUCUGAUAGAAUAUUCCGGAACUGGGGAGCUCAAUAUUUUGUGCUUCCAUUGUUGGACACCUUCAGGUGUUAGGUGUUCUUUAUCUAGCGGCAACAAUCUACUUCCCUGGAACCUUCUAUCCAUGCUUCAAGCUCUACUCUCUGGACCACUGUAGAAAAAUAGACUUGGAUAUGCCAGACCUUCAAAUACUUUGCUGCCUACCCCAAAGCCUCUCUUCUUUCAUUAUCUCUGAUGGUUCUUAACUAGGGCCUUUUGGUGACCAUUCUCUGCAUGCCAACGUCCCUUAGGAGCGUCUAGUCCCCUGUGCAGCAGACAUGUAACCAACACAUUCUGGGGUCCUAUUCUUUUUGUCAACAGCAUUUAUUUAAUCUCCCAAUCAUGUACCUUGAAAUUAAGACACAGACAUGGUCUCUAUAAAGAAAUAAUGUUUUAGCAUAAACAUUUCCUGAUGAAUACCUGGUGCUUACUAAUGAACAGACGUCAACAAACAUUGCAGAGAUUCAAGUUAAUUAGAUUCAACUAUAUUUUCCUGAAUUCCCCUUUCAGUCCUUUUUAAAAAUAGAACACUUGAUCAUUUCCAAUUUGCCUGAUUCCUAUCUCCAUCUGCAUGAUUUCCAAUAUCAGGAAUGAUUCUUCAAUUGUAUCUUUAAGCUAAUUUUGCAUGUAGGACCUAAAGCUUGAACUUUUGAAAUAACUGAACUCUCAAUUAUCCUUUCUCCCAUAAAGGGUCUCAACUCCCUCUGCACUAAUUUUUUCACACUUCCUGUUCCUUAAGAUUAUGUCAGAAGGAAGUAUAAUGUAAGUUGCGUGGUUAUGUGUGUUUCAGUAAUGCCUGUCAUCACCCUAAGAGUGCUCCCCCGACUUCCCUGUUAAUCACAGCCCUCUGCCAUCACAUUAAAGCAUAUCCACUCACUCUUGGCUCAUGGGUUGCUUCGCAGAAUUGGAGGCAGGAGGAUGAAUAAAUCCUGCCUCCAAAUCUACAA